AUGAAUUAUUACGGAUCCUACCUUAUUCUUUUCUUAGUGCUUUGUUUGAUAUCGGACUCAUUCUCUUUUCCAGGAGAAAACGUGCGUUCUAGAGCCGUACUUCAAUAUUAUGGCAAACAUGUUGUUCCCAAAAAAACUUCAGAAGGAAAGUGUGGCGAUGGAUGCAACUUUGGAUGCGAAAAGAAUAGCAUACAAGAUCUACCGCCCUCGCUGUUAAAUCCGGAUCCCACGACCGAUGAGAUUCCUAAAUUCUUCCUCCCCAAGCCCCCAAAGCCCCCCAAGACCCCCAGCGAUGUGGAUAAAAAGGAUUGUGUAUGCGAUCAAAGUAUUCGCGUUAAUGAGGACCCGGAAAAUACGCCAGAUGUUCAAGUAGUCCAAUCUAAUGCUCCUGUACCCGAAGGCAUAAUGUCGUCCAAAGAAACGAAAUCAUCUUGUCCGGCUUCAUCAAUCUGUGCAGACGACGGUGUCUUUACACGCAUAUCGAUUGCGGUUAUGGAUGAAGAACUUACUUUGCCGGAGAUCACCGAUAAAAAUCAAAUUUUUGUAGAGAAAAAGAAAUGGGUCCUCGUCGAAAGGCAAGGAAAAGUGUGCUAUUGCAAGCUUACCGCCGACGAUAUGGUCAAAAGAGAGAAUACCUGGUUAAUUCAGACUCCGAUUGGUCAGGCAGCAAGUGAAACAGAUUGCAUAACAGAGCAGUACAUUGUGUUUAACCACAACGCUACAAAGAGGCUUGACCUCAAACCGACCAAAGAUGGGGAAGAGAUGGAGUUUGUACUUUUGGAGGCAAUUGAGCCUCCACCAGGCUUGAUAAUCAAUCAGAAAAAUCCUAACAUGGGGACUACCAUUACUUUCAACCCAAUUGGGUUAGGGUUAGAUUAA